AUGUCGAAUGAAAUAAAGAGCGAAGAAGAUCAGCUAUAUGAUAUAUUGAAUCUUUCACCACCGGUAGAUAUAAAGUUAAACAGCCCUAUAAAUAUGGCUGGACAGGGACAUUAUAACCCAGUGGGCGAGAGUCAAUACCCUAAACCAGAAAACGAAGAUUUAUUUAUAAAACCAGUGAUGGGGGUUCCAGUGAAUGCGCUACCGAUGCAACCGGCAAUGCAAAGUGGAAGUCAGGGGACAUCGCAUACGAAUUCGAAUUCGUCAAUUUCAGCAGGGAAAAACCAACAUAAUGGAGAAAUGUAUGAUGGGAUGUUCAACAAGAAUGUAAAUCUUAACUUGGGGAACAAUGCGGGAAUGUCAUUGAAUUCGAAUAACCUCCAACAGUUGAAUGGCGAGUUAUUAUCGCCGCCAAACAUGUUCGGAAACCUGAGUCAUCUCCAUCCACAAUCACCAUCAGUGUAUUCAUCACAUUCAUUGUACAGUGAUACCUCACUGAAUCCAGGUAGUCCGUAUAUUGAUGCCGCAUCACACUUCAGUAAUGCUUAUUCUGAUAUGCCGCAGCCCCCACGUCAGCAAGUACAGUAUCUUGAUUCAAAUAAUCAGGGUCAUUUUAAUACGUUCGAUACCGAAAUAGCCUUAGGUGGUUCUAUUUCAAGUACCAAUCUUAUGGGAAUGUCGGAAAACCAUAUACAACAACCAGUUCCACAGUUUAAUUACUCGGUUACCCAAGCAUAUAAUGGACAUCCGGAACAGUAUAAUGGCAACAAUAAUUUAGCCUCGAAUAACCAUAAUUACAACUAUCAACAAAACAUAAAUUCCAUGAACAAGUUGACGGAAAAUAAUUUGAUUAAUUAUAAUACAAUGCAAGAAGAAUCUCAACGAGAAGUAUCAAUUUCCAUAGAACAGGCACCCGAAGAAGUAGCAGCCAAGACACCAUCCUUAUUCAGUAAUUCAUCGCAUAAUUCGUCUAAUAAUUCUCCUCAUAAGCCAAAUUCUGGUAAUGAAUUAAUACCCAAUUAUCAAUUAACACCUACGAGCCCAGGCUCAGUUAUUUCGGACGUAUCAGAUCAACAAAGUUCGUUGUUGAAUCCAGAUGAGUUUCAAACUAUUAAAAGAGGUAGAAAGAGGAAUCAUGUUGCGAAAACCCUGCGGUCUCGGCUGAAUUCCAGAUCAGGGUCAAAGUCUUUACCUCAGGAAGAAGAUAUGGAUGAUGAAGGAGGUUCUGUUGUUUCGAAGAAUGGUGUAGUUUCAUCUAGGGAAAAGAUGUUAGAAUUGGCAUCACCUAAUCAAUCGUCCAAAAGAACUCAAAAGCAUCCAUCUGUGUAUGCAUGUCACUUGUGUGAUAAGAGGUUUACCAGGCCAUAUAACUUAAAAUCACAUCUUAGAACCCAUACCGAUGAGAGACCUUUUAUUUGUAAUGUAUGCGGGAAGGCAUUCGCCAGGCAGCAUGAUCGCAAAAGACACGAGGAUUUGCAUACGGGGGAAAAGAAGUUCCAAUGCAAAGGAUUCUUGAAAGAUGGCACUCCGUAUGGGUGUGGAAGAAAGUUUGCUAGAGCAGAUGCUCUAAGGAGACACUUUCAAACCGAAGCUGGUAAGGAAUGUAUAAGGCUUUUAGUCGAAGAAGAUGAAAAAGAUCGUGGGGAUGGCCCUCCAAGGGACCCUGGAUCGAUCGGCGAAGCAGGAAUGUCAAACGAAUACUUGAGUCCAACGAGUGCAUUGAUAAGUAGUACAACUAAUAGUAUGCAUUCAAUUCCUCAAGUGGCGAUUUCUCCUCCAGAUUAA